AUGAUUGGGGAGGAGCCUAGACCGAGUGACCCCACGCUGCAGGAAGAUUGGGACGAGCGCUCCUCGGCUGGCUACUAUUUGAUGUCGCAGAGUUUGGAGCUGAACCAGCGUCACCACGUCAUGCACCUGCUGCCGGAGGUUGAAUGCGGUCCGAAGGCGUGGACCGUGUUGAAGGAGCUGCACGCCCCGACCUCCGUUGUCGCAACGUUGAUGCUGGAGAGGGAGCUGUCCGCGUUGCGCCUGAGCGAGGGAGAGCCGGUGCAACCAGUCCUGGACAAGAUGCGCGACCUCUACGCGAAGUUGGCGACCGCGGGAAUCACCUACCCGGAGCAGACCAAGUGCUUGAAGAUGCUCUCGCUGCUGCCAGAAUCGUGGCUUCAAUUUACGAGCGGAUUGAGCCUGCCGCAGAACCAGAGCUUGUGGACGCUCGAGUGGGUGCGGACGAAGAUUCUGGAGGAGGACUUCCGUCGCCGCCAACUGAGGGGUGGAGACGACGGCAGCAGCGGCUACGGGAUGCAAGGGAGCCGACGUGGCAGAGGACGUGGCUUCGGUGGUGCUGGACGCGGUGCAAAGAAAGACGACGACUCCAACGACCAACAAGGAGGUACCGGUUGGGGUCGCGGUGCGAAAUCUGGACGUGGGGGCAAGUCGGGUGCUGGUGGCAAAAUGAAAGGGAGUUGCUGGUAUUGUGAGAAGGAAGGGCACCCCUGGUUUUUGUGCUAUAAGAAACCCGAUGGAUGGACCCCCCAGAAUCGUCACCAGGAUGGCGGCGCGCGGAGGAACCAGAAAAACGGCGCCAACAUGGUCGCUGAUUCGUCCGACAACAACCCGAAGGGCAACGGCGGUGCGGAGAAGAAGAAGGAGCGCACCGCGGGCCAAUUCUUCCAUGUGGGAGACAAGGGGGAGCAAGGAGACGCCUCUGCCAAAGUUGGAGCAGAGCUGCACCCCCUAGACUAUUGGGUGUUGGACACAGGCGCUGCUUGGACGAUGACGCCGCGCAAGGACCUGCUGGACGAAGUACGAGCUGCACCGAUCAAUGAAGUGUGCUCCGCCUCUGGACACAUGUUGAAGGUGGCUGGUGCGGGACGAGCUGCGUUUAAGGGAGCGGAUGGCAAGCCGGUGGUGCUGCACGACGUUCUCUUCGUCCCCGACCUGAAGGCCAACCUUAUCUCCCUCCGUAAGCUUGGCAAGGCUGGGGUGAACACCAACACGGAUGGGGCACGCACUUAUAAGGGGAAGCUGGGCAAUCGGGUGCUUUGGGAUCUGCACGAGAGCAAGGACGUGUACAGAUCUAUGUGGCAGCUGCCGGCCCUGGCGUGGCAUGGUGGGGGGCAGGCUGGAGAGGGGUCUGCAUCCCAGGGGGAGUGCAAUGCCGUUGGAGGGGUUGGUGUGAAAGUGUCGGCCAGAUCUGGGGAGACAGAUUGGGCAACGGCACACCGGCGCUUAGGGCAUGUGGCAAUGCCUUUGCUGAAGCAGCUGGAGAAGGAUGGAGCCGUUAAGGGUCUGAAGCUGAACGGACAGCCACCCGAUGACAACUGUGAAAUCUGUUUGCUUUCAAAGUUCACCCGUUUCCCUUUCCAUAGUGUGGCUGGCAGGAGCAAGAAGCCUUUGGAGCUGGUCCACAUGGACUUGGUGGGGCCGCUGCCGGUGCAAGGGCACAAGGGGGAGCGGUAUUUUCUUACAAUUGUGGAUGACUGGAGCAGGCUGAUGUGGGCGUAUCCGCUGAAGCAGAAGGACCACGCCGCCUCCACGAUACGGGACGAUUGGCUGCCAUUCGUGGAGAAGCAGGCGGAGUGUGUAGUGAAGCGGAUUAGGACAGACCGGGGUGGUGAGUUCCUUGGAGCUGAAAUGACGGCCUGGCUCAAGAAGCAGGGCAUCCAGAGAGAGCUGACCACGGCUUAUACCCCACAGUCCAAUGGUGUAGCAGAACGGGCAAACCGGACCAUUCUGGAGACAGCUAGGGCGCUGCUCAUAGAAUCUGGGCUGAGCAAUUCUAUGUGGCCUCAUGCUGUCCGGCACGCCACUGUCGCUAGGAACAGGGUGCUCACCAAGGUUGGGGAUGACUCGUGGGUGCCGUUGGAGAGGUGGCUUGGGAGGAAGCCGCCGGUGGACAUGCUGAGGGUGUUCGGUUGCAUGGCAGUCGCCCACGUCCCCAAGACCUACCGCAGUAAGUUGGGGGCGAGUGCAAUCUGGUGUGUGCAUUUGGGGCUGGCUGCUGAGAGCAAGGGAUGGCUGCUGUGGGAACCAUCCAAGGGUGUGUUGUUUGACAGCAGGGAUGUGAAAUUCAUUGAGGGCAUGAUGUAUGGGAGCUGGGAGAAACAGCCGGAGGCAAGGGUGUCCCAGCAGAUGGAGCAGAUCACCAUGCAGCUGGACCUGACUCCUAGUGUGUGGGAGGAGGGAGAGGAGGCAGCUGCUGGAAAUGGUGAUGGAGAGAAGGUACAGGAGGCAUCUGCUGGUGGAGAAAAUGGUGUGGAAACUGGCGGCAGCACUAGUGGAGCUGCUGGACCCGAGGGAGGAGAGAAGCAGCAGCUAGGGACCGAAGAGGCAUUGCUGAUUCUACCUCAUGGCUAUGACCCGGAUGAGGAGGAUGAGCCUGCGUACUGUUUUCUUGCCCCUGCACCAGAGGAACCAGCUAGCAUGGAGGAGGCAUUAGCUGGACCAGAUAGGGACAAGUGGCUGGCUUCUAGGGAUGCUGAGUACCAGAGUCUGCUGGAGAAUAGGACAUGGGAUCUGGUGGUGCUGCCUGAUGGGAAGAAAGCGAUACAAUGCAAGUGGGUGCUGAGGAUCAAGACCGAUGACAAGGGGCAGGUCACCAUCUACAAGAGUAGGCUGGUGGCGAAGGGGUUUAUGCAGAAGGAGAAGCAGGACUUCAACGAGAUCUUUGCUCCCACUGCCAAACCCCCUACCCUCCGUGUCUUGUUGGCAGAUGCAGCUGUUAGUGGGAAAUUCAUCAUUCAGAUGGAUAUUUCAACGGCAUUCCUGAAUGGGAUUUUAGAGGAGGAUGUGUACAUGACGCAGCCGCCUGGGUAUGAGGAUGGUACGGGCAGGGUGUGCAAGCUCAACAAGUCCAUCUACGGCUUGAAGCAGGCGCCACGCUGCUGGUACCAGAAGUUGGCAGCUGUUUUAGAGGAGAUGGGAUUCAGGACCAGCAGCUGUGAUGAGAGCCUCUUUCUCAAGGGCGAGGGGGAGAAGCUGGUGCUGUUUCUGGUCUAUGUGGACGACAUUCUUCUCUUCAGCAGCAGCAUGAAGGAGAUCCAGAAAGUGCAGCAGCAACUGAUGGAAAACUUCAAGUGCAAGAACCUUGGGGAGGUAAAGUACUACCUCGGGAUGCACGUGGAGAGGGAUCCAGAUCACAGGUGGUUGAAGCUGCACCAGGAGAAGUUCAUCAAGGAGCUGGGGGAGAAGUAUGGGAUUGAGAAUGAGCGCAAGGUUGCAACUCCCCUGCCAGCAGAAUUCAAGCUUGUGAAGGCUGCAGAGGAUGAAGGGGUUGAAGCUGAAGAGCAGCAGCAAUUUCAGUCCUUGGUGGGCAGCCUCUUGUACGCAGCAGUUCACACGAGGCCCGACAUCUCUUUCUCGGUUGGGCAGCUGGCUAGGGUGGUGCAGAAUCCAUCAGAGGAGCAGGUGGAUGCAGCUGAGCGUGUGGUGAAGUACCUGAACUCUCACCCAAGCAUUGGAGUUCAAUACUCCGCAUCUGCACAGGUGAAGCAGAAAGGGGUGGAGGUGCUGAAAGAGAAGGGGGAGAGGCUUGGAGAAGGCAAGCUAUUUCUCACUUGCUUUACCGAUGCUACGUGGGCUUCUGAGAAGGAGGAUUCCUCAUCUGUGGGAGGAUACAUCUGCGUAGUUGGGGGAGGACCUGUUAGUUGGAGGUCCAAGAAGCAGACGGAGACGGCACUCUCUUCCGUAGAAUCAGAGUACAUGGCGAUGUUCCAUGGGGUGAAGGAGGUGAUUUGGCUGAGGAGGCUGUUAGAGGAGAUUGGCCAGGAGCAGAAAGUUGCUACGCCGCUGUUUUGUGAUAGCAAGGGGGCUCUUGGGAUGGCCAGAAACGCUGUGCUUCAUGGGCUGAACAAGCACAUGCGUAUCAAGUGGCACUGGCUGCGUAAGGAGGUGAAGAGGGGGACGGUGAAUCCAAUCUACAUCAAGACUCACCAGCAGCCAGCAGACUUUCUCACCAAGAGGCUUGCGGAUGAGCCUCAUUGGCGUUGUGUGCGCAUGAGUGGAAUGAGCAUGAACUAG